UGCGUGCGUGCGUGUGCCGGGCCGCGUGGCGAGGCAUGCCGCGCAGGCGGUGGUUGGGGGGCAACCGAUAUUAGUCCUGGAGGACGCGACCCAUGCCGCCGACAACGCCGCCGUCGUACUGAAGGCCCAUCCCGAAGGGAAUGGCCUCCGCCAUGCGUCUGAAGCACUCGAUGGCACCCCUGGCUGCAGCGGAGUCUAGGCCAAAUUCGUGCAACUCGGGGCUGCAGGACUGCAACAGCAACGAGCCCAACUUCAACGACAGCAGCACAAUAUGGGAGUCCAUCCGCGCGGGACAAAGCAAGGCAAGCAAGGCAAGCAGGGCCCGCGCCAUCGAGGAGGACUACACGAAACUACAGAAUUUGGGUCGGCCGUGCCGGCCCGCCCGCGCGCCCCUCGAGGGCUACACUGGGUACGCUGGGUACACGGCCAGGCCCCUGAGGGGCUGCCGCAACAUCCGCAGCGGCGGUAACGCGCGCCAGGAUCUUUCCGACGCGAACCGCCGCAACCUCGCCGUCGACCCGUCCUCGUCCUCGUCCAGCAGCGCGUCGACGUCGGCGGCGGCCUCCCCGACGCCCCUCGCCGACGACGAGUACGGCAUCGUCAACCCCAACUACCCCGGCUUCGAGCACCUGGCCGCCAAGCUGCUGAAGCUGGCGGCCGGCUCGGACUGCGAGGACGACGACGACGACGAGGACAACAACAACAACAAUAAUAACAACAAUAACAACAACCUGACGACCAACUUCAACAACAACAUCAACCUGGAGGAUGACUGCAAGUUCGACCUGGUGAACCAGGACCGUCUCGGCUGCAGCAAGAAGGCGCUCUACGACAAGCCCAAGCUCGCCGCCGCCAUGGCGGACGCCUUCCUGUCCUCCGCCAAGGAGGACCUCACCAUCAGCAGGGACUUCUUGCCCGCCAAGCUGGCGCCGCUCGCGGCCAAGCACGCCAAGGCGGCGCCCGCGCCGCACCCGCACCGCAAGGACAAGCAGGACUCGAACCGCGUCGAGGACAUGGAGCUCGACAAGGAGGAGAAGUUCAGCAAGGAGGCCGCGGAGAAGGAGACGCUGCCGCGCAAGAAGGAGAAGAUGGCCAUGAACUUGCGCAAGGCGCGCGGCAUGCCGCUCUCGGACCGCACCGAGAGGCGCCUGUCCAUGGCGGGCCACCACGCCCACCACGCCCACCACGGCUACGGCGCCGCCGCCGCCGGCCACAAGAAGCGCUCCUCCCUCGAGAUCCUAGGGGGUUUCGACGUGUACAACAUCGAGACCGCCAUGCCGCGGAUCGACCUGGACCUGAUCGAGUCGCACCUUCGCGCCGCCAAGGAAGAGGAACGACGGCGGCGAAAUGACAGAGAAGAAAUCCGACGUCGCUUGGCAAUGGGAACAGAAGAUGCUGACUAUUACACCAAUGAUCAGAAACCUGGGAAAAAACCUAGUCUGCAAGCACGACUUCAAAGUGGGAUGAAUCUGCAGAUCUGUUUCAUGAAUGAGACACUAUCUGAUACAGAAUCCCCUGGAUCAGAAGGUGAAGUAUCUGCCUCUGGCUCUGUGAACCCAGCGCUUGCUAAGGCUGCAACACCUAAGGGUGAACUCCCUUCAGAGCGGUUACCAGGCAUGUCUUCUAAGCCCGCAAGACCUCUCUCUUUGCCUCUUCGCCUGGAUUCAGAGCACGAAUGGAGAGAACAUUCAUCUUUGAUGACUGAAGCAGAUUUUCUUGCUCGACAAGCUCAACUUCAAACUGAGGCCCGCAUGGCUCUUGCACAAGCCAAAGACAUGGCUCAUAUGCAAAUGGAGAUAGAAAGGCAGCGUCAGAAUGCAUCUCCUAUAACAGAGAUGGUGCGCCACACACUGCAAAAGGUUGGGGUUUCAUUUCCUGAGGAUAGGAGGCGACUAAGCCGGCAGAUUUUGACUGAAAUGAAUGUUGCACAGUUGCAAGUUAUUGUUAAUGACCUACAUACUCAAAUUGAAUACUUGAACGAGAGUUUAGUGCGCUUUCUAAUGGAACGUGACGAUCUGCACAUGGAGCAAGACUCAAUGUUGGUCGAUAUUGAAGACCUAACUAGAUAUCUUGGUGCAAAAGAACAAUCCAGCAAAAGCGGGGCAGCUCAAAAUAACAACCUAUUUAAGACAAAUGGAUCGACUGGAUUGGCGAAAGCAAACCUCAAAAAAUGAUGAAGCUGUUUUCAACAAGUUUUAGUGCCAUGAUAUUUUGAUGAGGCAGAGCUUAUCUCAGUCCAGUCAUCACAUGAAUUUUUUAUGGCGCUUGUGAUAUUUGUGUCUUCAGUGAUCCAAGACAAAGUUUACAAAGGUGUAUUUAUUAGGUGUACUUAUGCUUAGAUCGAGCACAUGAGCAGUUGAUGCAUUAGAAUAAACUGCUGUUUCUCUUUGACAAUGCUGUAGCUUUUGAGGCCUGUACCAUAGAGAGCAUUUUUAAGAAACAAACUAUGAAUUCUUAAUUUGGAGAAUACAUAAUUCCUGCCAUGUGUUUGUGACUAAGAUUACUAUCUAUCUUCUGGCUUUUGUACUGAGAUGCGCUUGUGCAUUAUUUGUUUCAAACCCUUAUUGUUGUUAUAGGACUAUGACAAAAAUGUUUUUAUCAUAUUACACUGUUAAUCCAGAAGUUGGACCUCCAUGAAAUGAGGAAUAUUUUAUUUGUAAAAUGUUAAACCUAGUAAGAUAGUCAAAGGAUUUGAGGAAAUGCCUUUGCUGCAUGUGCAUAUUCUCAACAUAUUACUACGUUGUAUUCAAUAAACAGAAAACCCAUUCUGACCAAGUCUAGAAAUUCGAUGAAACUGUAUUUAAUUUGAAGUCACUUUGAAUUACUGUUGGUCACAAUGUACAUUUUAGAUGUUGACAUUUACAUUGCUUGUGGUUUUCUAAUACGUUGGAAUUCUCUAGGGAAGAUUUGUAACCAAUGCAAAUCUAUGACACUAUUUUGGUUAAACAUCAUGGUGUACUAUCUCUACACAUCAGUGUGAUAUUGUUUAAAAAUUAAGGCUUUAUUUUUAUCUGUUCCUUUCUAGAAGUAAUGUUUUAAUACCCUGUUAUCUCUGUAACCAGGAUGGUCUCCUUCAGGCACUGGUCUUUAUUCCGUCAUGACAAAUAGGACGUCUUUGUCUUUAUUGUGUUAUUUUUGACAAUGCUGUUUUUUUUUAGCUGCUGAAAUAGUAAUAAUAAUAAGAUUCUACUUCCAUUUCAGUUCAAUGUUUGUUCAUAUUAUGGCCAUUUCUCUCUGUGUAUCCUGUAUUAUUUUCCUUGACAAAGUGAGUUUUGCCAUUUAGGCAGUUGUGAAGAUUAACAAACCCACAACUGUGUAUGUAAUUGUAAUUUUAAAAUGGUAUCUUCCUCAUUUUGAGUGUGGUUGUUUCUUGAACGCAGUUGUCAAACUCACAUUACCUAAACUGUUUCUUUUUUAUUUUCUUUGUCCUUGCCUGACAAUCAAACACUUGUCAAAGAUAAAUUGGUAUCAUGUGAGUUUUGAAUUUGCAAUGUAAGCUUUCUGUGUGUAAUUAGUGAGGUAAGCUAUUUGAUGAGAAAAAUGCAGUUCAAGUCUCAUUCCACAUGAAUCACCUUGUUUGCCUAGGAAAAAAACAGUAAUCCCAUUCUACUUGUACCUUUUGUGUUCAAGUGUAAAAAUCAUGCAGUUUUACACUUGGAAACUAUGUAUAUCAGUCUGUGAAACGAGUUUGGUGCAGAAUUGUGCUGAUUUCUUUUGUGCAAUUGAAUUAAAUAUACUGAAGCACAGCUUAAAACUGAAA